GGGCCAGUCUGCCCGUCUCCGCGCUCGGCUCCGGCGUAUAUACGCAGCCCCCUCCCGCCCUCUCUCUCACUCUCACCCUUUCCCGGCCGUCUCCUCCUCCUUCCCUCCCCUCUCCCUCCCUUCCCCCAGAGUAGCCGGAGGAGGCCGGAGCGGGCGGGCAGGCAGGCAGGCGCGGCGCUCCUGCUGCGUCUCCGGGUUGUCUCGGCCCAGCCGCGCCGCAGCUGCCGAGAGAAGACUCCCCUCCUCGGGGUGAGAAGCAGCCAUGAGCGGCGGGGAGGUGGUCUGCUCGGGCUGGCUCCGAAAGUCGCCGCCGGAGAAGAAGUUGAAACGCUACGCAUGGAAGAGAAGAUGGUUUGUGCUCCGCAGUGGUCGACUGACAGGUGAUCCAGAUGUACUGGAAUACUACAAAAAUGACCAUGCAAAGAAACCAAUUCGAAUCAUUGACUUGAAUUUAUGUCAACAAGUGGAUGCUGGGUUAACAUUUAACAAAAAAGAAUUUGAAAACAGCUAUAUAUUUGACAUCAACACAAUAGACAGAGUCUUCUACUUGGUUGCUGACAGUGAAGAGGAGAUGAAUAAGUGGGUUCGAUGUAUUUGUGACAUCUGUGGGUUCAACCCUACUGAAGAUGAUGCUGUGAAGCCACCUGGCAGUUCUCUACAGGCACCCAUCGACUUACCGUUACCUGUCAGCACUUCCCUUCCAUCUGUACAACCAGAAUCAUCCUUACCUCCUCCAUACCAGCUAAUUAAUAUCCCACCGUUAGAGCCUGCCUCCAGUCAAGAAGAUCCUCAAGACUACCUGCUACUAAUUAAUUGUCAGAGCAAGAAGCCUGAAUCGACAAGGUUGCAAGCUGAUCCAGCAAAAACUGCCUCUUCUGAAACAGACUGCAAUGAUAACGUGCCUUCCCAUAAAACAUCUGUGCAAUCUCUGAACAAGCAUGCUGUGAAUGGAUUUUUUCAACAGCAAAGCAUGUAUGACUCUCCACCACCAAGAGCUGCCUCAGUGUCGGUAGAUGGCAGCCUUUAUAACCUGCCCAGGAGUUAUUCACAGGAUGUUUUACCUAAGGCGUCUCCUUCUGGGACAGAUGCAGAUGGAGAACAGCAUGUUUUCAGUGCCCUCUCUACAACAUCUUCUCUUGAUGCACAGAUGAGGCACUUCUCCAUUAGUUAUGACAUUCCCCCAACACCUGGAAAUACUUAUCAGAUUCCACGAACUUUUCCAGAAGGGUCAUUGGCUCAAAGUUCGAAGCUAGAGAGUAUUCCAGAUGUUCCUCCACCUCGUCCACCAAAACCUCAUCAUCCUUCAGACCGCUCCCCUGUGGAGGUGUGUAGCAUCUCCCGUACUGCCUCAGACACCGACAGUAGCUACUGCAUCCCUACAGGAGGCAUGCUUCCGUCACGUAGCAACACUAUUUCCACUGUGGAUUUGAACAUAUUUCGUAAAGACAUUGGUUCUCAAGACUGCUAUUUUACUCCACGGACAUUUCCGAAUGACAGAUCGAGCUCACUGGAAGGCUUUCACAACCACUUUAAAAACAAAAGUCUGUUGACUGUGGCAAGUAUUUCAAGUGAAGAACUGGAUGAAAAUUACGUCCCCAUGAACCCAAACUCUCCUCCACGGCAGCAUUCUAGCAGUUUUACUGAACCCAUCCAAGAAAUGAAUUAUGUGCCUAUGACCCCGGGCACUUUUGACUUUUCGCUGUUUGGAAUGCAAGUCCCUCCACCAGCACACAUGGGGUUUCGGUCCAGUCCAAAGACCCCUCCCAGAAGACCCAUCCCUGUUGCAGAAUGUGAACCUCCACCAGUGGAUAGGAACCUCAAGCCAGACAGGAAAGAUGUCGUGCGGAACAAGUCCGUUCAGGUCCUGACCGACAACACGACGGCGAUGUUUUACAUCAACAAGCAAGGUGGCACGGCGUCUGUGGCUCUCUGCACAGAGGCGAUGAGACUCUGGAAGUGGGCCAUAGAUCAUGCUGUCUGGCUGCAUGCAGUUCACAUCCCGGGGGUGCAGAAUUCCAUGGCGGACCACCUGAGCAGGCUCCACAGGGAAAACUACGAGUGGUCCCUCCAGGACAAGUAUCUCGCCCCUAUCUUCUCGGAAUGGGGGACUCCGGAGUUGGACCUGUUUGCGACUGUGGAAAAUCGCAAGGUCCUAGCUUAUUGUUCCAGAGGAGGAGUAGGCCCAGAAUCAAGUGGGGACGCGUUUCAGUUAAGUUGGUCAGGUCCCCUGUGCUAUGCCUUCCCUCCGUUCCCGCUUCUGGCACGGGUCCUCAGCAAGAUCCAGAGGGACAGAGCGUCCGUCAUCCUGGUGACCCCGUAUUGGCCGAGGCAACCAUGGUUUCACUCCCUUCUGAGUCUACAGACUCAAUCGAUCCGUCUCCCGGUGGUUCCCGGUCUCCUGACCUGCGGGGGGGUUCUUCACCACGACAUCAGGAGACUCAAACUCACAGUGUGGUUGAUCAGGCCGGGGCUGCCUUCUCCGAGGCUGUGACUAAUGUUCUCUUAAAUGCUAGACGUUUGUCUACCAGGCAGUCUUAUGCCCUUAAGUGGGACAAAUUUUCUGUGUGGUGUAGUCGCAGGGGUUUGGAUCCUUUUGAGUCCACCCUUUCUGAGAUUUUGGACUUUUUGUGGGAGGUAAAGCAGGAGGGUUUGGCCAACUCCUCAGUCAAGGUUUAUCUGGCAGCCAUCUCUGCUUUUCACCCUCCAGUGGAUAGAAAGUCUGUUUUUUCCCACUAUUCUGCCAAAUUAUUUUUGAGGGGAUUGAAUAAUUUGUUUCCCCCUGUGCGGGCUUUGGUCCCUCAGUGGUCGUUGCCCCUGGUUCUGACUCGUUUGAUGUCUAAGCCGUUUGAACCCUUGGCUUCCUGUCCACUUCGUUUUUUGUCCAUGAAAGUGGCCUUUUUGGUUGCGGCUACUUCAGCCAGGAGGGUUGGGGAGCUAGCAGCGUUAUCUUGCGAGCCCCCUUAUUUGAAAUUUCACCCUGAGAAGGUCGUUCUUCGUACAAAGGUUGAGUUUUUACCUAAAGUAGUAUCCCGUUUUCAUUUAUCUCAGGAAUUGGUUCUGCCGGUUUUCUUUCCGACUCCGGCUUCUGAGGCAGAGGCGGCCCUUCAUUCUUUGGAUGUUCGCAGGGCCAUUUUAUUUUAUUUAGAUAGGGUAAAACCAUUUAGGAUUGACUCUAAUUUGUUUAUUUGUUUUGCUGGACCGAAGAAGGGUAACCGGGCUUUUGCUGGACCGAAGAAGGGUAACCGGGCUUCGGACUAUCUCUAGAUGGGUGGUCCAGGCUAUACUGACCUGUUAUUCUGCUGCUAACUUACCUUGUCCUUUGCAAGUGCAUGCCCACUCCACCAGGUCCCAGGCGUCGUCAGCGGCUCUCUUCAGAGGUGUUCCACUCCAGGACAUCUGCAGGGCGGCGACGUGGGCCUCGGCGGAUACCUUUGUGAAGCAUUAUGCGCUGGACAUCCUAGAUAGACAGGAGACAGCGGUGGGCACAGCAGUUCUGCACUCCAUCUUUGAGUGAUGCUUUGGCGUCACCUCCACCCAGGUAUUUAGCUUUGGAAUCUUCCCAUGUGGGACUGCACAGGAAGACCGUAGAUGAAAAACAGGUUUUACUUACCAUAACUGUUGUUCAUCUAGGUCUUCCGUGCAGGCACACAUGCCCUCCCUCCUUCCCCGCUAACUCUCUUGGUACUUACCUUGCAGGGGGCGGCGAAAGAGGAACUGAGGGUAUGUGAGGGGCGCUCCGCCUCUUAAGGUCCGUUUCGGCGGGAAAGCGGCCGCGCAUGCGCGCUGAGAGGCGGGAGCGCCCCCUGGUGGUGUUUAGCUAUUAAAAUCUCCGGUAUCGGCAGGCCUGCGCGUGCGCAGUCCCAUGUGUGCCUGCACGGAAGACCUAGAUGAACAACAGUUAUGGUAAGUAAAACCUGUUUAUUCUGUAACACGUUGAGACCAUAUAGUAUACAAGUGUAUUUAACUGUGUACUUUCAGAAGUUUCAGAUACUAAAUGCAAAGAAUGUUAUACUGAAAUAUUUUGGGGGAAAAUGUUUUUCAAGUAUUUUCUCUGAUCUUAACAUUUCUUUUGUGAAAUUAUUUUCUCUUUGGCAAUCAAGUUCAUCAGAGAAACUCUUAUUUCAUUUCCCUUCAAAAUUCAAACU